UGACCUCAGUCUGCCCUGACCUCAGUCUGCCCUGACCCUGACCUCAGUCUGCCCUGACCCUGACCUCAGUCUGCCCUGACCCCAGUCUGCCCUGACCCCAGUCUACCCUGACCUCAGUCUGCCCUGACCUCAGUCUACCCUGACCUUGACCUCAGUCUGCCCUGACCCUGACCCCAGUCUGCCCUGACCCCAGUCUGCCCUGACCCCAGUCUACCCUGACCCUGACCUCAGUCUGCCCUGACCCCAGUCUGCCCUGACCCCAGUCUACCCUGACCCUGACCUCAGUCUGCCCUGACCCCAGUCUGCCCUGACCUCAGUCUGCCCUGACCCUGACCCCAGUCUACCCUGACCCCAGUCUAUCCUGACCUCAGUCUACCCUGACCCCAGUCUGCCCUGACCUCAGUCUGCCCUGACCCUGACCCCAGUCUGCCCUGACCCCAGUCUGCCCUGACCCUGACCCCAGUCUGCCCUGACCUCAGUCUGCCCUGACCCCAGUCUACCCUGACCCUGACCCCAGUCUGCCCUGACCCUGACCCCAGUCUGCCCUGACCUCAGUCUGCCCUGACCUCAGUCUGCCCUGACCCCAGUCUGCCCUGACCCCAGUCUACCCUGACCCUUAACACCUUUAAGUCUAAACCUUCAAACAGCCCUUUGAAGUUGUGAGGACCGGCCAAAAUGUCCUCACUCUGCAGGUAAAAAACGUGUUUCAGUCCUCACUACGUAGCAAGUACAAGUACACACAAGUGUCACUCAUCCAGCUGCAGUCCGACUUCUUCACACAAUCGGUACCUCUAAAGCACUCGGAGUCCCAGUUCCCCCAGUUCCUGUCCCAGUGCUGAUGGUGUUCCAGCAGUUACCAGUCUGACAGUGAAGUCUCGUCGUUCCUUUGAGAGGCCGCCUGAAAGGAAUACUACAACAUUUUGGGAAAUGUAGUUCUUUACUGAGAGUUAGGAGAAUAUUAACCAAUACAGAUAACUGUGACUGUUAGCCUAGCGUAGCACAAAGACUGGAAGCAGAGGGAAACUGUUAGCCUCUGUCAAAAGUAUAACAUCUUUCAGCAGCUCAAACUUGUUUCUCUCAUUAGUGGCAGGUUGGCUCUUUCCACCAUGGAGCGACACAGUAUGGCCAAAACUAUUUGGACACCCCUGUACGCACCCUUUUGGGUAGCUCAAUUAGUUUAAAACAUCAGGCAAUGGAAAGAAAAUUCACUGACAACUAUUUUAAAUCUAUUUCUUGUUAAGUCAACCCCCCCGAAAAGCCAACCAGGUUCUGGUUCUCCAGUGUCAGACUUCCUGCUCGUUUGUUCUGUUUUAUUUCCCAGUAAACUGAAUACAGACGUCACCUUGUGCUCUGAGAAACUAGGAUGAUAUUUAUUACAAUUUAGACAAUUCAGACAACCAAUCAAGUAAAUAAUUGGUAGAUUAAUCGAUAAUACAAAUAGUUCUUUCCAUCCAGCUGUGUAUUUGAACCCAGGACCUUCCUGCUGUGAGGAGACGGACUUAACCCGUUCAGCUUUAUUCACAAAGUAAAAACUAAAAUAAACAAAGUGCAGCUGGAGCUUUAAGCUCAAAGACAAGAAGAGUUGCAACAGGAAGUGAAAUUCAGGCUCAAAAAACAUUAAAAUCACUCCAACAGCAGUUCCAUAUAAUUCAGGCUCAGCAGAACACGUCAACAGGCUGGAUAUUAAAAACUGCUGAAUGUUUAAGAUGAAACCAGUUUAAACAGCAUAAAACAUCCGUUUCAUUCAGUUUUUAUUUUUCUUCUUCUUUUCUUCUGUCAUGCUGCGGGAGAGUCGGUUUCUCCUCGGCCGUUACACCGGUCCUUCAAAACAAAAGCUCUACUCUGAACAUUUACUACGACGACGCCCCAGUUGGGAACCAAUGUGACACUGAUGGUGACACUUUUUGUACAAGAGACAGUCUGUUAAUGUGCUGUACAGCUUCGGUCCAACAGUGAAUGAUACAAGUUGCCACAAACAAACCAAACACCGGCUCUAGAUGGGCCUUUAGCGUUUUCCGCGAGUUUCGCGGCCACCGUAGUUUCUCCUACACGCUCGGAAGGGGAGGGCGAGGCGAGCGGGAUUCAAAUGGUUGCAAACUGCAAUUUCACCGCUAGAUGCCACUAAAUCCUCCACGCUGGUCCACUGAACAAUGUAUUAGCCAAUAUUAGCGUAAAAAUGAGCUUGCCGGCGCUCACUGGUGGACAAACUCAGACUGUUUCUAAAUGAGCUCAAACGUAUUUGACGUUUCUCUGCUGCAGUUUCUUGUUACUUCAGUGUCCGAAUUCCACACCUGUACUAAUAUAUUUGUGCUAAGCUAACAUGAGCUGCGUCCGUCCCCUCUUCUGAACUCUGCUUGUGUUGGACCUCACUAAUGCUCUUCAGUCUGAACGGGAGAAAAUCUACUGCAAAGCCUGAAAACGGAGGGCAGGAGGGAACAUUUACCGAAAUGUCCAAGUAUUGCUUUAAACUUGAAUAAUGUUUCUGUUGAGAAUCCAGCACAUACUGAGAAACACCGGACUGGUGACGUGACCGCAGGCUCAGACUGACACUGAGGCCAUCGAAGCAAACCUCUUUCAGACCCUCAGUGUUUGCAUGUGUUCAAUACUGUAUGUACCACUAAAGCACACUAUAAACUGAAAUGAUAGGAGCCUGAAGGCAACGCCUGCAUUAUUACCUGAUGCUCAGCAUACCGACAGGAAGUACGGGGCCCCUAGGUGGCUGUCUUUUAGCUUUUGGGCACAUAUUUUGGCCUUCACCUGCCUUAUGUGAUAACUAGAGACAGCUCCAUAGCAUCUGAGCAAACUCCAUCCAAAUAUUGAGGUCAUGAAAUGUAGCUGAAAGCUCGGGGAAAACCAGCUGGAUGAACGGACCUUUAGCGUCAAAUGUAUUUUAGAUUUUUUUUGAAGUAUUGUGUGAUCGUUUCAGGUUCAUUGGCUUCAGGAGUUCAAGGGAUUUUUGAUCUUUUCAUUGACAAAUAACUUGACAACAUUUUUAAUUCAACUUUAUUCUGCUUCAGUUAACUUUGUCUUUCUGUGCCAUAUAAUCAGCAACAGUAAUCAGGCUCGACGUCUACAUUAAAAUUAGUAAAGCGGGUUUAAAUAUAGCCUGACUCACAGCUUUCCGGAUGGUUUCCUAUAAUAUACAGCCGAAACGAUCAGUCGAUAAAUAAAUCAGUCAAUCAACUGAAAAUUAAUCUGCCACUAUUUUGAUAAGCGAUUCAUCGUUAUAGUAAUUUUUCGAGCGCAAAUGUUUUGAUUCCAGCUUCUCUACUGUAACAAUUAGCUGAUUUUCUUCGUCGUACAUGAUACUAAAUUAUAAAUCAGCAACUCGUCCUCUGACAGACAUUUGAAGACUAAUGUCAGAGCGGCACGAGUAGAGUCAACAAACUGACACAUUAACGCCGGCCUAAAGUUGGCUAACAUUAGCCACCGUUCGCUACCGGUCAAACCAGACCAAGUGAGGCAUUAGUUCGUGUCGGUGUGUUGUGGCUGGACGGUUUAGACUGACAGCCUGUCUGCAGCUCCGUGUGAUGAUACCGUUCAUGGUAGCAGGUAGCAGGUAUGGGCUGGCAUGGCGCCAUGUGUUGGAGGCCCUAACGUGCUGUUCUGUUGAUCUGUUUUGAAAUGCAUUUGUUAACAUUUAGAGCAGAAACAAUUAGAUGAUUGAUUCGUCGAUCGAGAAAAUUAAUUGAUGCCUUUUUUUUUUAAGCACAAUUAUCGAAAUGACGCUGGUUUCCUGUUCUAGUUUCAACUGAAUAUAUGCAGAUUUUUUUAAGUCAUCUGUGGUCGCAAACUUAACAUUGAACUUUUGAGUUUUGGACUGUUGGUCAUUUGAAGACGUCACGUGGACUCUGAGAAACUGAGGUAUACACUUUGUAGUAUCUUCUGCAGAUUAAUCGAUAAUCGCUACAGCUGUAAUAAUGUUUGUUGUCCAUAUGCUUUAUCAGAUGUUAUAUCAAAAGUUCCCUCAGUAGACUCCAAUCAAAAUCUAGUUUUAAGGCCUUUUAAGUUUAUAUUGUGCUAAUACGGUGCAUUUCACUAAACAAAUGUGUGUGUGUGUGUGUGUUGGGGGUCAUUGGGGGCCCACAGCACAGGUUUGCCCCGGGGCCCCUGUAGCGGGUUAACCCGGCCCUGAGCGCUGCUGCAGAUAAUGAUGUGCAUUUGAAUUUUGCUGCUCUAAAUGAACUCUGUUAACGCUGAAGUGAAGCUGUUAGUUUUUAAUAACUUGAAGCAUUUCACGGGACCACUGUAACCUGCUCCGGACCUGCUGUCCUUUAGAAUAUCACUGAAUUUUACACUAAAUACUGUGCUGUAUAUUUGAGUCAGAUGUACUAUAAAGAUGUAAUUAUGUAUUAUAGAAGUCUGGGAUGCUUUAUUGAUCCUGGAAAUUAACUGUGUUGGCGGCGUCAGACUGUAAAACUGUAGCUAAAAGUUAAUUUCCUGCCCUGAUGUGUGAACUAAACUUUGAUUUUUCUGUCUGCACCACUCCUCGUGUCGGGAUAUCAAGGGACAGUGUGUUUUAAUGUAUCAGAUGUUUUGUAUGUUGAUAGAAAAACUGCCUCGGAGAUCGAACCCUGAAUUUAUUCAAGACCAAACUUGAAGCCGAUGUCUUCCUGUUGUCCUGUCCUUACCUGUCUGUCUACCGCUGACUUCAGAUCUGUACAGAGAGCAGAUGUGUGAGACUCUUGACAAAUAAAUAAAGCGUCAUUUGUGUCACAUUGAUAUCUGUACUGUUUCUUAUUGUUACCGACAGCUUUAGCCCACCGCAGAGGAGCACGGUCAGCUGAUGAGCCGUCCUGAGAGUCUGAGUUCAGGCUCACCUGAAGAAUAAUACGUCCGUCGCUACUGAAGAGACGGACAACACAAUAUUACACAGACACGGGGCGGAGCGGGGAUUCAGACAUGAUAAAGGGAAUACUAAAAAUUAAAGGUGAUCUUCUCUUGGCAAACAUUGAGGAAUAUAAUCUGAACUCCAGUCGAGUAAAAAUGUUUCAAUAUGAUCAAAUGGCAUCGAAAUCAUUUAGACUAUCUACACUAAGCUUAUAACAGUUAAUAAAGAGAUUAAUAAAAGUAAAACUACCAAAAUGUAAACAUACUGCAUUACAAGUAGAAUGUCUGCACUCGAGGUUUUACUUCAGUAAAAGUACAUUAGUAUUGUCCACAAAAUGCACUUCAAGUACCAAAAGAAACGACCCCAGUGGGUCUGUGCUGUACCCACGGAUCAAUACUGAUGCAUCAUAACAUGUUACUGUAGGAAGUGCUCCAGGUGGAGCUGAUCAACGUCUGCAACAACGCUUUCAUGAGAUCUGUUAGAUGCAAAAUCUUAAUGUGCAGAGGAACCACUAACUAAAGCUGGCAGCCACACGUGAUGGAGCAAAGAGUACAAGGCAGCAGAAAAUGGAAGUACUGUAAUAAGUACACAGCUGUACUUUUUAACAGUACUUGAGUAAAUGCACUUAGUUACUUUACACCGUUUAUUUCCUCGCAGAGAAACGGGGUCGUCCCGCGGAGGGGCGAGCCCCCCCCCCCAGCUCGGAUUAAUGAAUAACGAUGCGUGACAAGUUUAACCAAAUGACACGACGAGAAGAAACGCGCGUGUCUAAAACGCGCUCACCUCUGCAGGACUGUGACUUAAGAGCUCACACGGAUUUACUGACUUUAAUUGACCUGGUUAGGACAGUUACCUGGCUAACCGCACACUAGCUGUUAGCCGUGUGUUAGCCUGGGAGCUAACUUGGCAAUAGUCCUCUAGAUGUCGCUGCAGCUCAUUCUGGAAUAACCUCCAUCUGCAUUCGGACAGCGUAAAUAUGGCAAAUAAUAAAAACACACACACAAGUCACACAUGUUCAACCAAACAUACACCACUAAAAAAUAAAAGUAGACAAAGAAAACCUGGCACGCCAUCCGUUUGACGUUUUCCCGUAGCGCAUGCGCCUUACUCCGCGCCCCUGCAGCACAAACAUGCGCGCGCAGCCCGGAUACAAAGCGGAGGCGGUUCAGCCGACGGUUAGCCGCGAAUGAGCCGCUGUUGGUGAAACAAAAUGUCUGACUCCGUUUGUGGUGGCGACAAACGUUAAAUCCCAGCUGUGAACAGACUUUUCUGGAUGUAAUGACGUUUGUAACUAGCUGGUUAUAUCCUGUCAGUUGGCCCGUCGCUGGUUAACUACUGGGCUCAGGGUCAUUAACCAGCUCCCUACAGCCAGAUCAUGUCUGCCCCCCCCCCGACUCUCUCUUCCCUCUAUGUCGGUAAUGAUAACGUACAUAACAAGCCAAGCGCAAUAACGCCGACAUUUACGCGGUCGUCCGGUCUGUCCGCGGGCUUCUGGCUCGGUGGACUGUGACAAAACCAGCGGCCGAACAUGGCCGCCGAAAUGCGGGAUCUCGGCUCGCGAGUCUCAAAAACAAAGCCGUUAAAAACACAUUGAAGCGGAGUGAGUCCCUUUUGGGAAACGCCGCCAUCAAUUACGGUCCUUAACACCAGGAGCGAAGCCGGGGGGGGGUGUCACGUCCACAACCGAAGUUAACCACUUCGUCGCCGUAGUGAGCUAAACGGCUGUGUUCCGGUUUGUUCCUGGUCUUUAAACAAAUCGCACCGAUCACUAGCUUCGGUCUCCCUUCAGCCGGUGCGUGUAUCUGGCUGUUCGGGGGUCGACGCAGGAACUGGUUCCCAUAUGUCGUCGUAGUUUUGCCCGUGCUGGUGUGCCGGACGCAUCCCCGCCAGCCCCGCGGAGUCCAUUUUACUCUGCUGGGAUUCAGUUAUAUCCCGGUUUGACUAAAACUGGAGAUACCGUCAGCUUUUUUAAACUGAGCGGCCAGCUCUCGGUCUGUCUAACCUAACCGGCCGCGGCGUCCGUCCUCAGCACCGGGGCGGCUUUUAUAGUCCAAUAAACAGUCCAACAGGUGGAGGUAAAUCUGCAGAACAGGAGGCGCCGUCCCGCUGUCCCCCCCUCCCCGCAGAUAACGGACGGCAGAGCCUCCGGUGCCGCCGCCGCUGACAGUCGCCGGAACGAGUUUUGAACCAGGUGGCGGCAGCAAGAUGGCGUCCGAGGCUGCGCAGUACCGGAGAAGACGAGGACGGGCGAUGACGUUUCAGUGUAAGGACACCGCAUGCAGUUUCCCCCCCUCAGUAAGAAAACAUCCACGGUGUCGAUGGGGGUUAUACAACGGAAUAACAGACGCUAACGCUCGGAUUAAUGUUACACCGUCGAAAUACUCGAUCCGUUCGACCACGCAGAAGGUAAUCCGUGUGCCGUUAUCAGAGCACAUGGUCGCAGUGUGUCAGCACGGGCCGACCGGGAGGGUUAGUGUUUAAUGGGGAGGCAAGGGGUCCCGUUGGGGAAAACACUGCUAAGGGAUAGCUCCUGCGGUGGAAACGGUAUUCCCAAAUAUCCACCGGUGGACACAUUUCUACUGUUGCACGGAUGCUGUCUUGAACCAUCAUACAGAUGUAUAAAAAGCAGGAUCCUUCUGCCCUUUAGAUGUCUGGGACCUGUUCAUGGCUUCUAAGAAGAAGCAGAAAGGAAUGGUGUACCAUCAGGAAGGGGCAACCACCCCUGCAGCAGCACCUGCAGGGGACCAUCUGCCUGCAUGUUUUGUUGUUCCGAAACCAGGGAAGGCAAGCGAAGGUGGGAUGGAACAAAGCACCCGUGUAACUGAUGUAGAGGCAGAUAUGAUGGGUAAACCUAUUAUGUACCCAUCAAAGGAAGCCAUCAGGACCUCUGGUGGACUUCCUGCCAGUUCAAACCCUCAGUCAGACAACCUCUCACCUGACAGCAUCUGCAAAGGCAUCAGAGUGACGCUGGACAACAACAGCAUGUGGAACGAGUUUUUCAGAUGCAAAACAGAGAUGAUUCUGACUAAACAAGGCAGCAGGAUGUUCCCCUACUGCCGCUUUCGCAUCUCUGGCUUGCAUGCAUCUAGGAAGUACUCUUUGAUCAUGGACAUUCAACCUUUGGACAACAGUCAUUACAAGUGGACCGGCAAAAGCUGGCAAGUUGCUGGAAAGGCAGAGUGUCAUUUAAGGAGUCCACCAUUCGCUCAUCCAGAGUCCCCGUCAACGGGUCAACACUGGAUGCAGAAUCCAGUGUCCUUUUACAAACUGAAGCUCACAAACAACAUGUCAGACCAAGAGGGGAACACCAUCUUGCAUCCGAUGCACCGCUACUUGCCACGACUGCACGUGGUCCAAACUGACAAAGCUGCUAAAGACAUAAAACUAGAUGGUCCCAAUGUUGUCACAUUCACUUUCCCCCAGACUGAGUUUAUGGCAGUCACUGCUUACCAGAACUCACGGUUUGCUCAGCUUAAAGUUGAAUACAACCCGUUUGCUAAAGGACUGAAGGAGGAUGGCUCCAGUUCGUGGGGCCUAAAGCUGAAAUUGAACUCUGGCAAAGAUGGUGGCACGACAACCAAAGAGCAACAUCCUGUGAAGAAGAGCUUGAAGUCUUUGCUCGCAAACCAUAAACCUAGAAGCUCAAAAACAGUGGACUCAAAGCCUUCGGUGUCAGGUGAACUCCAGAAAAAUUCCACUACAAACAAAGAUCAGUCAGCAGCCAAGGUCACUGGGGAAUGUUCGUGCAGCAAUUCACGUCCAGCUCAGAAGUUAUUUUCUGAACUUAUUCGGGAGGCUCACGUUUCACUGCAAAGAUGCAACCUGGAGCAGCUGGGCAUCAAUAACAGCACCUCUCACAGAACUGAGCAAACUAACACUAAAACCACAGCUUUGAAAAACAACGUACAAGAUGUUCCCAAGAGGGACAGUAUAUCUGUCAAAACACAUAGCGAAACAUCAUCUGCAAAGAAAGGUGAAACUACAAAGAGGAAAGUUAAGGAGCACAACAACCUUUUGAAUUCAUUGAACUGCAAGGACAAUGUUAGGACAGAUUGUUCUGAGGUCAUUAAUGUUGUUGCUGCUUCAGCAGUGUCAGAGAACUCCUCUGUGGACUCAGACCACCAACCUAAGCACGAAGCCUCAUCAGAGGUGAAAGUAAAGCAGCAGAAACGGCCUCUUCCUCUGCCUCUGCCAGCCCUUGCUCUUUUUUUGAAGCAGCAUUCAACAAAAUCUAAAAAGGCCAAGAGCAAGCCGUAUUUUCCUCCCCCAGCACUCCCACCUGAAUCUCUAUCUGAAUCACAGAGUUCUGCUGCAGCUUCUGCAUGUCCGCCUUCUGAUCACGCUGGCAGUGCAACUGGUCUCUCGAAGGAUCUCACUUGUGAUAUCACAAAAUGCGACAACCAGGCCUCCGGACGUACUGGUGCACAUCUUCAUCCAGAUGAAAUGGUUUUUAGUGUACCUGGACAAGCAGUUAAAACUGCCCAUCAGCCUUCCAGUCCAUCAUGUCCAGAUGCUGUUGCCACUACAGAUCCAAAGGGACCAAGAACUGAUGAUUUCUUGGCUUCCAUUUCAUUUGGUGAAAGCCCAGGCCCGGAGCCGGCAGUACCAGAUGUAACACCAGUUUUACCCAACUCGCAUCAGCCAUUUUGUACCCUUGGGACGUCUAUAUCCACCAUGUACUCAACUCUUACUACCUGUUCUGCAUCUCCCAUUUUGUCACCACCCUUUGACACAGUGUUACCUGCCCCAAACUCGCCACAAACACCAACCAUCACAGAGUCUUCGUCACUACCUUCAGACUACCCCACCAUGAAGUCUGAUUCUUUGCUCCCUGACCCCGAGUGUUCUUCUUUUGGCUUUGAGCCUUUGUCACCUGCAAGCUCUCCAGAACCUUUACCUUCCCUGCCCACGUCAUUAGCUUUAGAACUAAACUCCACUAUUUCUGAAACAACUCCAAAAGCAGUACCUCCUGAAGAGUUACCGCACGGUGAAGACUCUGCCUCUGCCGCAUGUGUGUUUAAAUGGCAUACAGUGUUACCUCCACCCAAGCCGUACAUAGACACUUCAUUCACACCAUUUCAGUCCACACCACAGCCUCUUCCUUUAGCUUCUGUUACGUCACCUUUGUUGCGUUCCGAGACUCCCUCCGACCCUGAACCACAGACUCUUGACACCUCCACAUCCACGCCUCCCCCAGAUCCUGCUCCGUCAUUUCAAGAAAACGAACAGUUGUUGCCCUUCCCUGCAGAACUGUCCCCCCUCGCACUUCAGUUGCCGCUGUCUCCAACCUUUUCUUCAUUAGACGGAGAGGGAUUGUCACCCACGCCUUCCAUCGCUGACCUUGUGUAUUUUUUCUCCACUGAUGAUGACCUUGGGAUGGGGGUGGAGUUUUCAAACACAGAGACAGUGGCUGUUCCCUGCCCACCUCCAAAUACAGUACAAGCAAAUGCACAUGAGCCUUCUCAGCAGGUGCAACCAAUCCAAGCCAACAAACCCUCCAAGCGCAAGAAGAAGUCCCAGCGGCGAAAGCUUGCUAAGACAGACAUGGAUCAGGAGAUGGAUGACUCCACCUAUGCUAGCAUGCAGCCUAACCUGGAGGAAGUGGAGGAGCAGUUAUUUAUCUCGUUCACAUCAAAGGAGGCCCUCAAACUUCACACUGUGGACCCAUCUGAAGAAACGGGCUCACAGCCUGAGACGACAGCUGAAGGUCACCUGCAACAAACUGCUGACGCACCUGAGAAUGCAGAGACAGCGGAGGGUUUAAAGGAGAAGAUCGCUGCCUUUGAGAAGAUUCUUCUGAGAGACUUGAAGCUGAUGAGGCACAGACAGGUGAUCCAUCCUGUGCUGCAGGAAGUCGGUCUGAAGAUGAACCUGCUGGAUCCGUCUCUGGCCAUAGACCUGCAGUACCUGGGAGUCCGUCUGCCCAUCCCUCCUCCUGGAGUCUCUCUGGAGCCGCUGACCCAGGAGCUGCCACCGCCGCAGGGUGUUUCUGCAGCGUUUGUGUCCAGAACCGGAAAAACGACAGAUGUGACUCAGAUUAAAGGCUGGCGAGAGAAAUUCACUCCAUCAGAGGCUCCGUCCGCUCUGGCACCGGCCAAACCUGAAGCUGGUCCCAGUUCAGAUCUUCCAAAGAAGAACCUGUCGGCGUUCUGCAGCGACAUGUUGGACGAGUAUCUGGAGAACGAAGGGAAGCUGAUCGACGAGCGAGCCGCCAGCUUCUCUGAGCCCACGGUGGAGCCGGUGGUCUACGAGCUGCCCACCAGAAGCACCAGCUACGUCCGAACCCUCGACAGCAUCCUGAAGAAACAGACCGUCAGCUCCCCCACCUCAGACCUCAUAUCUGGAUUCAUCCCCCCCUCCAAGAGACCCAAACCCACCCUCAAAGAGACCAAAACGUCCAGGAGAGAAAACACGAAGCAGAAAGGUCCAAAACACAACAGACUCAGAGCAGAACCUGCAGCUGCUCCGGUUUCAACACCUGUACUCAGUCCAGCGGACUCAAACCUGGUCCCUAAACAGCCUGCAGCCCCCCCCACAUCAGAGCACACAGCACCCGCCACCGAACCUCAUAAAUCAAAGAAACACCACCUGAAAGUCCAAUUCGGCCACACAGAACUGUCAGCUCUCUCUCCUCAAACCCCCGCCUUCAAGAAGAGGAAGAAACUCAAACCCAAGACCUCGUCCCAGACCCUCAGCCCCCCCAGGUCCACGGCCCCCCCGCCCGGUGUCUCAGAGGACAUGGCUCCGCUGGAGUCGGACUCUGAGCUGGGGGCCGCCAUCGAUCACAACAAUGAAACCUGCAGGAAGGACGGCUGGCCUGUGAUGACCCGAGCUCUGCUGAAGCAGAAGGACCUGGAGGACGGCGUGGUGUGGGAGGGCCGACCCAGGACCAGCAUCACCGAGGAGAGGGCCGCCGUCGCUCUGACAUCACUCUUCACACUAAUGGGUUUUGUCAGUGAGAACCCCACCGCUCCCAUCCAGCUGGCCCGGAGACGGGCCCCUCCCUGCCUGAAUGAGUUCUGCAGGCUGGGCUGCGUCUGCUCCAGUCUGGCCCACUGCUCCAGGAUCAGCCACUGCGGCCGGCCGCCCUGCAUGUUGGGCUGCAGCUGCCUCAAACAGAAGGUGGUCCUCCUCAAGAACCUGGACGGGUCUGACUCCAGCCCCUCCCACCACGAAAACAACAAGAAGAAGAAGAGGAAGAGGAGGAUGAAGAUGGCCUACAUUCUGAAGGAGGCGGACAGCGUUUCCCAGCCUGCCGAGCGGGUCCGGACUCUGUGGAAGAGGGACGGUGGAGACCUGGAUCCAGACCCAAUCCACGUCCCUGAACCAGCAUCCCUGUCCCGCCCCACUGAGAGAAGAGGGGACAACAGCAGCUGCGCCAGGGUCCGAGGUUACAGGGGGAAGAAGAAGAUGGGGAAACGAAAGCAGAAGGAGUCGUCUAAAGAUGUGAAGUCUAAAGGCGCUCGGCUGAAAGCUUUGAAACAGAGAGACCUGACACUCGAAGACACAAAGACCAAACCCUCCUGUCCUCCACCAGCAGGUGAACCGGUUCAGCCGGCUCCCUCCGACCGGCCUCCGAGUCCUCCGGCAGAGCCGACCCCGAAGCCGUCGAAGCGUCUGAUCAUCUUGGCGGAGUGUAAGUGGCCGAGCGACGCCGACCGGAACCACGUGUUGAAGAAGCUGUGCGAGGCGAUGGCUCUGGACCGACUGGACGAACCCUUCUGGAUCAGGAAGUAUCUCAUCAGUCCGAUCAGUCAGACUGUGGAGGAGAGCGGCGCCGACAGCUGCAUCCAGUACAAAAUCCACAUCUCCAGACCCCAACUGGAGCAGGGAAAACCAGCAGCACCAGAGAAACCACCACACCAAGGAAAACCGAGGGAGACAAAACAACAGCAGCAGGACCGCAUGAAACAGGUGCUCAGGGAGGCGGAGCCUCUCGAAGAUUGGCAGCGAGAAGUGGAGGAGGAGGAAGAGGCGGAGCCACUUGAAGAUUGGCAGCGAGAAGUGGAGGAGGAGGAAGAGGCGGGGCCUCUUGAAGAUUGGCAGCGAGAGGUGGAGGAAGGUGACAUCGAGGAGGAGGUGGGAUCAACAGUUUACCAGGUGGAUGAUGGGAGAGAGAGCAGCAGAAAGGAAAUGAAAAUGAGAUCAAAGAAGAAGGAGGAGAGAGUCAGUAUGGCUCUGCCUUUCCUGACAGGAAUCUCCCCCGCCGGCUUCCUCUCAGCCAAUAGGAAGCAGCCGGGAGGAACAGACCACCUGGUCCAGGUGAAUGGGAAGCUUUAUCCUCUGGCUAAGAUCCAGUUGGGGAAGAUGGGGGCGCUCCAUCCGGCGAACAGACUGGCAGCCUAUCUCACUGGCCGGGUGGGGUCCAACAGGAAGCAACAAGGUUCAUCUUCCUCUUCAUCCCCCUCUAAACCUCCUCAGAACCAGAGUUCAGGACCGACCCCCCAGACUGUCUCCUUGGCUACCUCUGUGGUUUCUGGCCACGCUGCCACCCCCCCACCCAGGUCUCAGCCGUCAGUCACAGUGCUCACCCUCCCAUCCUCCCCCACAGUGGUUCAGCCUGCAGCAGUGAAGGUCGACCAAUCAGCUACCUCCUCUGACCCGCCCGCAGGGGAAGCACCUGAGUGUGCGGGGUCCCGGGUCGUCACUGUGGCGGUCUACCCGGGUCCUACGGGAGGGUCCAGUCAGGCCAGAGUGGUACCUGCGGCUUCUGGUAGCUCCGCCCCCACAUCAGACUCUCAGGUGAGCAGCUCUGUGGUUCCACCUGUAAAUCCGGCUCCUAAAGGCUCUCAGCUGUUGAUGGUUCAGGUCCCGGGUCCUCAUGGGAAGCUUCCCGUACCGGCUCUGGCUCCCUGCUCUCCGCUGCCCCCCUCCACCGGUCAGAGGAUGGUCCUGCAGCCGGUCCAGGCAGCGUCAGGCCUCCAGUACUACCGCAGACCAGACGGUAAACUGGUCCAACUGGUUCCCAUCAGCCAGCUCAGAUCGAACCUGUCAGUUCAGAGAGGUUCCCCGUCCCCCUCGGUCCUCCCUGCUGCAUCAUGUGAGACUCCAGUCGUCACUGUUGGUAACCAAACACCCCCUGCGACCACAGCAACAACCUCCUCCCCUCCUCCCUGUCCGGCCUCCAGUCCUUCUCCGUGGGCCACCUCCCCGCCCCGCUCCGGCCCGCCUCUGGUUUCCUGGCUCAGAAGGGGACGUACACCUUUAAAAUCCUCCCCAGCAACUCCAGCAAGGAACCAAUCAUCGUCACCUGCCCGAAAGUUCCCCCUCGGCCCCCCAACAGUGGUGACGACCGCAGGCUCCUUUACCAUCCUCCAACCUCACCCCCCCUCCACCCCGAUGAACCUCAUCUCCCUCAAACCCUCCACAGGUCAGGGGGCUGAGCCCGGGGUCAAAACGGUGACGGUGUCUGCGGUCCCGGUGGGUCAGAAACCGGCAGAAACCAACACCACCACCAUCCAGACCCCUGCAGGGAACACUCACAGACCCCCACCCCCUCCUCCAGCGCCGCCAGGGUCGGAGGUCACACCUUUACCCCCACCGUGCCCCCCUGCUGACAGGGUCGGCCCUGAGACGGAGCUGGCCUGCAACCUGGUGGACCUGGACAUCAUCUGUGUGGACGACGAGGCGGGGCUCGUUACCACGGAGACGGAGGGCGUGGCGAAGCGGUCAUUGGACGCGGUGGAGCUGGAGGGGUCGCUGAACAUCGAGACUGAGAACUCGUCAGACUUCGGGGACGAGACGGGCAGCGGAGAAGAGACGGAGUCGGUUAUAAACAUCCAUCGCCACAUUCAUAACGAGCUGGAGAAGCAGCGUCGAGGGAAGAUGCUGCAGCUGUUUGAAGGUCUGAGGAGAGAAGUGGGACUGAGUGAGGAGAAGACUUCAAAGAUCUCCACACUGCAGAAGGCGGUGCAGGUGAUCCAGGAGCUGAGGACGACUGAGACAGAUCUAGAGAAGAAGAAGAGGAGGCUGAUGAAGAUGAGGGAUGACUACCUCACCACCAUCACUCCAACAACGGAGGAGAGCAGACAGGUGACCGGCAGGCGUCAGAGAUCACCUGAGUCUGUCACCGAGCUGUCAGAGAGAGGCGGGACAGGAAGUACAGACACGGGCUCGAUGGAGGCGGAUCUGUUGGACGAGACGGACGAGCUGACGGACAACUCGUCUGACGAGGAGCGAGCCGUCGCCAAGACGCCCAACGUCACAAACGCGGAGGACGAGGUUCAGAGCGUUGCCAUGGAGACGGGGGAGGAGAGCAGUCAGCUGAGUGCGGCUCGGAGGAGGCUGGCGAGCGUCACGAGGAACGUGGACUCGGAAAGAAGUUUGAGCGUGAAGAAGCUGGUCAGAUCUCGGAGCGUCACGGCCGCCUUCAAAGCUCUCAGUUCGGUCAUGAACACCAAAAACUCUCCAAAGAGACUUCUGAAGCUGGCUCAUACGGAGAUCCAGACUCUGCAGAGCGAGACGGCGAGACUGAGGAGUCUGAAGAUCUGUCUGAACCAGCAGCGAAACGCCUACAUCAGAGAGAUCUCCCAACGAUCAGGUGAAAGUGAGCAGAGAAUCCUGAGGAAGCUGCAACGCCUGUCGUCCAAACAGAGGACGAUGGAGACGCAGGAGAGGGGCCGGGCAGCCAAUCAGGCGCCAGCAGCAGCGGGGGGCGGGGCCUCUGAUCCUCCAGUAGGAGACACGACAGAUGAUGAUAUAAUCACACCCUCUGUCCUGCGGCAGCAGACUCCACAAGCUCCUCCCACUCCUGUUUCUGCCCCGCCUACGACCACACCUGCCCAGACACCUGUCCCGCAGCCUCAGACUAACAGUCAGAGGGUCCUGCAGGCGUCGAAGCCGGCUCCUCCUGGCGUAUCCCACAAUGCAUUAGCGGCGAGGGACAGGCCGAGGACCAUCCCCAACAUCCUGUCUCGCAGUAAGAAUCCAGCUCCGCCAUCGCCCAAGCUCACAAAGCCUGUGGAGGAGUCGGCGUCUUUUCAGGCCCUGCUUCCGGCUGAGGUUCUGUCCCUGGUCCGUGGCACGUUGCCGGGGCAACCGGUUCUGACCCUGAGCCCGCUGAUGACGGGGCCGACGGUGCUGCAGACGUCUCCUACACCAGGCGUGGCCUCAGUCACCCUCAACUUCCCCAGUCUGACCAAUCAGCAGAUCCAUCUCACCUCACUGCCCAGCCCCCCAACCGGUAAGAUCUGCAGCAGCUCCGCCCCCCUCACCGUCACUAACCUCACAGCCGCAAACUUCAACAACCUGCUGCAGCUCGUUCAGUCAUCGACUCCACAACCACAACAACCCCCCCAGCAGCAGCAGGUCCUAGCAGGUCAGCCUCCGCCUCCCCCGGUGGUCUCUGCUGGGUCUGACCUCUUCUCAGACCAGAUCGCUGAGUCCUCCUCCUCAUCGUCUCCGCCCUCCUCUCGGGGCCCGUCGUCCUCUCCGUGCCCAGAUCCGAGCGCUGGUCGUCGGGUCGCAGUGGGGGGGCCUCUGGGGGCGGAGCAGCAGCAGCAGGGGGAGACCAGAGAGGACGCUGACAAUGAGAGUCUGACCUCCCUUCUCAACGAGAUCGUCUUCCUCAACCAGCAGACUGUCACCACGGCGAUGACAGCGGGGGUCCCGUUACCGGGGAAACCGUCCUCUGAGGCGGGGCGACGAGAGGAGGGCGCUGCGGUGGGCCGAGCCGAGGAGCAGGGACGCGCCCACAGCCCCUGGCUCCUGCAGCUGGACUCGGACUCUGAUGACACCGUUACUGCGGAGGAGGAGGAGGAGGAGGAGGAGGAGGCGGGGCUUAACGACCACACAGAGACGACACAGAGCGGACCCCAGCCUGGACCUGCCAACGGGAACGCUAAAGGUGGCGUCCUCGCUCCGCCCCCUCUGCUGCAGAUGAAGGUAGGCGGAGCCAAGGUGGCGGACCCCGCCAGCAGUGAUGGAGCAGCAGGAGGGGAAGGCGGAAGAGGCGGGAGGAGGGGGGGCGGCGUGGCCUGGAGGCCGAUGCCGAGGCUGGUUCCUCUGGGGCUGAGAGGAAACCCACCCAGCUGACAUCACACAGACUGACUGAUGAUGUCACAGCAGACGUAGGAUCAACUGACUUCCCCAAGCGUGACUCUGAUGAUGUCACGGCUGGUUUAGGACCCCACUGGUCGUCUGCAGGCAGCUCCCUGAUUGGCUGUUAGAGUUCUGUUUUGUUCCUGAGAAGUUUCCACGUUUCAGUUUGUGUCGGAUUAUUCCCUCUAAAACAGAAACACGUGACACGCCCGAAGGCCAAUCAGAAGCCCUGCUGUUGCCUUGACGACGACUUUCAGAACGUUUCCUUCAUGUUUACAGACGAUCGGAGAUGUUUUAUUUAUUUUGAGGAGAAAUUAAAAACCACGACAGUCCAGCUCACCGUUAGUGGACGUCCACGGCGUUGGUCACACGGACAGUCGUGGUUUUUACAUUUCGAUUCGACUACUGACCCUUUUUUACUUCAAUGUUACCGACACUAUUGUUCUUGACCCAGCGCAGCGCAGUCUGUCUUGUUUUAUUUAUUUUGUGUCUCCGUCCUCUUGGCUUUCAGUUGUCACGAGGCGGCAGCAGCGUGACAACGAAGGGCGACGUUUAGCGCAGAAGUUGACGGGUCACAGUUGCCAUGGAAACUGCUCUUUAGUCUCAUAGGAAGAUUGUUGCCAGAAGAAA